GAUAGGUUUAUGCUGAAAAAACUGUAAAUGGUCUAAAUAAAGAACUCAGUGACUGAAGAUCCAGUGAUCUGAACAUCUCGGCCUCAGUCUUCAUGACACAAACGAUGACGGUGUUUGUCGUGGCUCUGCUCUCUGUUUUCAUGGGGUUUACUGUGUCUGUUUCUGAUGGAUUCAAACCCUUCGACUGUUCUGACGUCUAUAAAUCAGGACAAACAGUCAGUGGGAUUUACUCCAUCUAUCCAGCAGGUGAUUCUCCUGUCUGGGUUUACUGUCAGAUGAUCUCAGAUGGGAAAGAUGAAGACAAAGGACAAUGGACGGUGAUUCAGAGGAGAAUGGACGGCAGUGUGAAUUUCUAUCGGCCGUGGAAUCAGUACAAGAGAGGAUUUGGGAAUGUGGAGAGUGAAUACUGGCUGGGGCUGGAGAACAUGUACCAGCUGACACGUAAGAACAAGUACAUGCUGAGAGUGGAUCUGGAGGACUUUGAUGGAAGGAAAGGUUUUGCUCUGUACUCGUCCUUCUCUGUGGGUCCUGAAGCUGACGGGUAUAAACUACAAGUUUCAGGAUUCAGGGAUGGAGGAGCUGGCGACGCUUUGUCUUCCCAUGAUGGACAGAAGUUCACCACCUUUGACAAGGAUCAAGACCCCUAUGAAAAAAACUGUGCUAAAAUGUUUCUCGGGGCAUUUUGGUACACAGCAGGCUGUCACUAUACAAACCCCAACGGUGUGUAUUUAUGGGGAGACGACAACACCCAUCACGCCAUUGGAGAUGUUUGGUACUACUGGAAGAACAAUUUCUCUACCGGUCUGAAAUUCAUCAGUAUGAAGAUCAGACGUGUGUCUUAGAAACAUUAAUGCUUUCAAGUACAAGUGUUGCUUUCACUAUAUUACAAAUGUGAAGGUUUAAGGUUUCACUUUCCUCAGUGUAAGUAAAUCAGUGUUUAUCUUAGCUUUUGGCCUUGUGAUCUACUAUUACAUAAAUGAUGCAAAUCUUCAAAUAAAUGUGUGCAUUCAAAGCAUUUGUGCA